AUGUCUCUUGCAGAAUUGGGAUCGGAGUAUAACUUUUUGGAAAAUAAGCCACCGUAUGAAUUUACAAAUUUUGGAGGAUAUCAUGAGAAGAGUUAUUAUGAAAAUUUAUGUAGUAAUCUUAGUGAAAACUCUUCAUAUUAUGAAAAAAAAAAUUGCAUUGAUUUAUUUAGUAUUAUGGAUAAUGUAAUUGAAGGGGGUGUCUUAGAUGGCGAUCCUCAAUCGAUUUGGAAUAACUUUAAGGAAUGGUUUCCUCAAAAUAAACGUGGAAUAGAUUUUUCUUCUGUUGCUAUGAGAGAUUUGAUAACAAAAUUUGGAGAAUAUAUUACAGCUAAUAUUUCUAAAAAAUUUGAUGAAUUUAAAGCCUCCUAUAUGAGCAAUGUUGAAUUAAGCGAUUUAACGAAAUUAUAUUAUUUUACUAAAAAUGUUGGAAAUAUUGAUAAAAAAAUAUUAGAUGUAGAUAGCUCAGACAGAAAUAAAUAUUGUAAUUUUAUCAAUGAAUGUCUUCAAAUAUAUAGAAUAUAUAAAUAUACAACAUGUGAAGGUAAUUCUCCUCGUCAAUUUGAUGGAAAUCCCAUAUGUAUGGAGGCAGAUAACUUUUUUGAAUCAUAUAAAAAUAUAUUGUAUGAUGAUUUAAAAAGUUUAGGAAUGGUUACUUCUGAACAAGCCUCAAUUGACGAUCUAGUGAAGUGCUCAAGGAAUGAUUAUACAUAUUUGUAUAAUUACGUAUUUGGGAUACGAAAAUUGUCAGGAUUCGAUAAUACAAGAAUUGUUCUUUUGACCAUGUUUGGAAUAUUUUUAAUUAUGUUCAUUUUGUAUAAGUUUACCCCUUUGGGAUCCCUAGUUCAACCUCGAAAGAGAAAAACAAGAAAACUGUGGAGAAACAUACAAAAACAAAUUCAUGAACAAGUGAAUGAAGGAAACACUGAUUUUGCGGAUUCAUACUUGAGCAUCCCAAGUGUUUCGAGCUCGAAUUAUAUGGAAAGCAGAUAA